UACAUCGCAAGGAGCCGGCGUGUUUGCAUUUUCUUGCAUUGAGUUUUAUCCAUAUGAAAAAUUUCGCGUGAAAAUUUAAAUUAAAUGUAAGGUUAAAAAUGGCUUCGUUUGAGCAAUUUGUUCUCAAAGUAAAACCAGCACUUGAUAUGUUUCUACGUGCGCCGAACAGAGCCCACUUGGAGCGCUUGAGGAGUGAACUCACGCAAUUUAAUUUCCGACAAAUGAAAGUAUUCCAUGGACAGAUACUCGCGCCAUUGGUACUUAAGUUAGAAGAGCUUAACGGAGUAAGCCAGGAUUUAAUGGCAGGCAUUUUAGAUUGCGUUCGCAUUGUUGUAUCCAAAUUAUAUUUGGAAGAUGUUCAAGAGCUGCGCACUUUACUAGUAAUUGUGCUAAAGCAAGUCCGUGAACCGGGUGCAAUUGCAACUCGAACCAAUUUGAGUGAGGAAUUAAAACUAGCUUCAGCUCAGUGCACUUCAGAGGUAUUGCGUCGGUCCAGUAGCGACGUGCUCGAAUCAUUUUAUACACAACAAUCUGCAGUGCUUUUAGGCCAAAUAUUGCUAUCUUUGGUCGAAUUUAUUGAAAAAGAAAAAUAUCGUAAAUUAGUAACCGCUUCUCUUGAGUGCCUAAUGACAGUUUUCUAUGUUCAUAAUGAAGCGGAGUUCACUGAUGUAGUGCUACGAAAUCAAGUUGCGGACACAACUUUUAUAUUUCUGCCUAAAAUUGUUACGGUCUUAUUAAAGACUUGCCUUGCUGAUGAUAAAUUAGGUGAAACACUAAAAUCAAUAGCCAUUAAAGCGUUGAGUCGCGUAUUAUGUGUAGUUUUCGACCAAUCGAAUGAGGCCAUAAUCAAACGUAGUUACAGUAAAGAUGAGUUUAAAACCCUAAUUCAUACUGUUCUACAACAAAGUCUCAAAUUUCCCGAUAAAGACGAUAUGAUUAGCAGCAAAUGUUCAAAAGAACAGAUAGAAGAUCGACUCAAGCUCAUGCAAAGCAACGGCCGCUCUAAAGAGUGGUUUCAUGAAACAUCCAAAAAACUCCGUAUAGUUUAUACACAGACAAGCAUUUUGCGCUCACAUGAAUCCGUCCUUGUUCGCACAGAAUAUGCACGCAUGUGCUGUACUCUAAUAGAACGUUGUGCCCCUAAUCUUGCAAGUAACUUUUUGAAUUUGCUAGAAAAUGUAAUAGCCAUGUCAGAGGAUGAGGACAAACUUAUAAGACGAAUGUGUGUGCAGACACUAUCGCAACUGCAACAAGUAGGUAGUGACAACGAGACUAUUUUCGAUGAAUACGCUGAGACGUUGUUCGAUGAACAUCUAGCCAAACUGCCUCGUAUAAUUUACCGUUGCGUAGAUGUUGAACAAAAUGCUGAGUUAAUUUUUUUAAAAGGAUUUCUAAACAAUUUAAGUGCUUCGAGAAUAAAUUGUUUAUUUUUGGUUCCGAAAAAUUUAGAAAUGCUUUGUAGGUGUCUAUUGUCUGCAGUGGAUAUGAAAACAAGCCGCGAUUUAUUAAAAGAAGAAUAUGCUACUAAGGAAGUAGUGGAAUCUGAUUAUGCUGAGGCUUCAAAACUGCAUUGGAGGCAAUAUAAAUAUUUAAAUAGUGAGCGUUGCGUUAAUUUAGUAAAGGAUAUUUGUGAAACUUUGGGCAAGACCAAGGGCCUUAAUCGUUUGGUUUACGACUUUCUAUUGGAACUGUUGGCUCAAAAUCAUGAGUCCAUGAAUGAGAUACUACUUUUACUGCUUUGGGUAGGCACAGUUGCCAAAAAAGACAAAGAUCAUAAUGAUUUGGAAUUGGUGGAAACUCUUAUUGAAGAAAUACUAAAUGACCACCAUUGGUACUUAGCAUUGAAACCGGAUGCGAAUUGGCGACUUAAAGUAGAUAAACCAACUGACUGGUUUGUGGAUCGGACACCGGGUUUAUAUGAAUCCGCGGUUGAAAUUCGAACACAAGACGUGGAUUCCGAUGAUGAGAAAAAUUUUGAUGAAGUGAACAAAUCUGAACGUGUAACAAUGUUGGAUGCCCAAUUCAAUGUGCUGCACACAUGCCUAGCACUGGACGUUUUAGGGCACUGCUCAUUGUUUUACGGCGACAGGUUUGACCGUUACAUAUUUCGCUGUCUUCACAAAGUGCUUUUGAAAGUGGCAAGUAGCAAUACAAUAGUUAACCAAGCGGCCAACUUUUGUCUGGUUUCCAUACAAAAGGCUCUGAAAUUCGCACAAGUCACACAUUUAAUAGAAACACACACAGAUUACAUCAGUUAUCACCUCAAUUCAAUCUUAAAGCGGUCACCCGAGAGUUAUGCUGCCGUGGACAUACUCACAGUUGUGCUACAGCUAAGCAGUAGAAGAUCGUUGCCGCAUUUAGAGAGCAUUUUCCAAACGAUUCGCAACGAAUGCAGCAAAUCCCAACAAUCUGAAAAUAUUGAUGCUUUUUUGCGUGUCUUUAAUGCGUUCCUGCGAAAUGUUGCCCGUUGGAAGAUAACUAGCAAUGCUGAUGUCGCGUCUGUGACGAUGCAAGUGGAGGAAAUGCAAGACGUCGAUCCUCUGCGAAAUUGGCUAGAUAUUUUGGAAAGGCCUAGUCCUUUCGAAGAAAGUGAUGCCUCUAAUAUGGAAAGCUUAUCAAAUGCAAAUCCUGCAACCAGCGCUGCUGAUGAUGUUGAUAUGAAGGAUGAAGAGGUGGACUUAAAACCACAAUUGCCACGUCAUAUUGAGAUGGUUAAAGACAUAAUAAAUCAAGUACUGAAAUACGUUGGAUUUAGAGAAACAACUCAUCAGAUACUUGCCCUCGAGUGUUUGGCUUGUGGGGUGCCUUUGCUGCAUGACUACGAGGAUGAGCUUCUGCCACUUGUACAUUUAAUAUGGUCACCUUUAGUAGAGAAGUUCCGCAAUAAGGAUGCAGUUGUUUUGAACCGCUGUUUUACUUUGUUGAAUGUGCUUGCGACUUAUGCCAAGGAAUUUAUAUUAAAACGUAGCGUAAACGAUGUAGUACCCUUUUUAAAUGAUUUUUUGAGAAACACAGCUAAGCAUAGCAGAGUAGAGGGAAUUACAGUUCAAACACAAGAGUAUAAACUACAAGUGAUUCUGCUCGAAAACCUUGCUAAUCUCAUUCAGAGCAUACAAAUUGAUGGUAAGCAUUUAAAUGAAAUCGCUGAAAAUGUUUCCUUAUAUCUUGCCAAAGAGCAGCCGAGGGAAUUGCAAGAUUUAGCUGUAAAGUUUUACCACAGCCUUUAUUUAUAUAAUGGACCUCUAACGUAUAUGGUUGUGCUGAAGAAAGCGCAUAUAAGUAAUUAUAGAGAAAAUGCAGAAAAAGUGUUAAUGUAUUUGCUUAAAAAAUGUACAACAGCUGUAAUUAAAUAAGGUAAUUCAUAAUUUAAGAAAAAAAAAAAUCAUUUUAAAAAAGUUGGUUUAAACGGUUUUAUAAAGGCAUACAUAGUUCAGCUUAAACAAGAAUAAUCAGGUUGCCCAAUCGCUCUAUUCGCACAGCUCGAUGUCUAAUAAGAUUGUAAACAGAAUAAUGAUGAUUAGUAUUUUGAAAAGAGGACAUCGUGCUGAAAAUUUUCGUUGAACAGUGGUUAAGGGGUUAUGGCGUAUUCUACUUUUUCAUAAUUUUUUUGCUUAAAUGCUGUGGAAGUUUUAUUGUUCGCCCUUAAUUUUUGAUAAGAAAUAUUUUCUCGACAAUGGCCAGUUCUCUUUCAAAAUUAUACCAUGCUUAAUCUGUUGUCGAAAAAAGUUUAAAUUUGUUGGACUGUGUAAUUAAGGGCAGUGAAUUAUUUUGCACGAAUAUGCAUAUGUACAUACAUAUGUAACAGUGAUGGGCAAAAUUUUAUUUUCUAAAUACUAAGUACAAUAGUAUUUCUAGGUUUCUAGGUUGAAGUAAACACCAUAGGACUAUCUACUAAUUUUGUUGGAUGUUACUAAAUACCAAGUAAUUUAGUAUUUACUUAUUUACACAGUACAAAAUACUAAGUAUAAAAGUAUUUGGUUAAUUUCAUUCAAACAAAACACCAAAU